AUGGGGAAUUCUCUGUCAUCGUGUUUGGAUAUUGUCAAACAGUUAAUUCUGUUUGGAGUGGGUUUUAACUCCACCGCAAGGCAUCCCUACAGGGUCGUUAUAAAGGGUAUUGAAUACACAAUUGACCGUGUUUUGGGGGAGGGUGGGAGUUCCUUUGUCUACGAAGGCCGCGAUAUACGGUCAGGAAACUCAGUCGCUCUUAAGCGAUUUGUAUUGGCCGACCAUCUUCACCAACAGUGUGUUUUGGAGGAAGCCUCUUUGCAUCGUUCCUUAUGCCCUCAUCAUUCCAUUGUCACAUUUUAUGAUUUCGACGUCGUUGAGUGUCCCGAUCAUCUUCUUCCAGAGCUUUGGAUUGUCAUGGAGCUCUGCGAAGACCCUUCUCUUCAGGAUUAUAUCAACAUGCGCAUGAUGGUUAAGCAGUCUCUUUCUGUUCGUGAAGUAUACGAGAUAUGUAACACUGUCGUUCAUAUUAUUGGUCAUUUGCAUAGCCAGUCGCCACCUGUCUCUCAUUGGGAUAUCAAAGCAGAAAACUUGUUGUUUGCAGACUCUCAAAACAUCAAGUUGUGUGACUUUGGUAGUGCAACCAGACUAUAUUAUCAGCCAAAGGAUGCUCAUCAGGUUGCAAUGGCGGAAGCAGAACUGGGGGAGAGGAUGACAUUGCUUUAUCGUUCACCCGAAUCUCUUGAUUUGUGGUCAAAACAGCGGGUAGAUACAAAGUGUGACAUCUGGAGUCUUGGGGUUUUGAUCUACGUGUUGGUGUUUUUUGAAAUGCCUUUUGAAUCAAACGCCAUGGAAAUUAUAGAUGGCACUCCACACAGGUUUCGCCAAGGUGGCGGGAUUACUGUUUCUGAAGAAUUUCGUCCAGUAAUGCAGCUUGUCAUGGAAAAAAUGUUGGUUAGAAAUCCUGAAAUGCGUGGCGAUAUAUUUGAAGUUUCUGAGUGUUUGAGCGCUAUUACUAAUCUCCCCCCCGUUCCUCGCCCGCAGCCAGGCUUUCAGAGCGCCCAAAGACCAAGGUUUGAGUAG